GCAAAAUCACAGCUAAGCCAUCUUCUUCUUCUUUUUGAACUUCUUCAACUCCAACAAUGGCGAUUCACCGGCCAUUGAUAGCUCUAGUAGCUCUACUGAGCAUAAUUUCUUCAGGAGAAUCUAAGAACACAAACAACGUCUUCUCUCCGUGCGGAGACGCCUCCGUGCAGAGAUCCGACGGUUUCACAUUCGGGGUGGCGUUCGCGCAGACAAGGGCCUUCUCCUUCAACGGAACUCAGCUUUCGCCGUGCGACAGCCGCCUCUCUCUCACCGGAAGCUCUCAGGUCGCCGUUUUCCGCCCCAAAGUCGACGAGAUCUCCCUCCUCACCAUCAACACCUCCACCUUCCAACCGGAUUCCGUAGGAGGUUAUAUGGUGGCAUUCGCUGGUCGAAAAUACGCCGCAAGAUCCAUGCCUGCUUUUGUUGCAAACAGCACGUACAUCGUCACCAGUUUUACUCUGGUUCAAGAAUUCAAGAAGGGGAGGCUUCAAAACUUGUACUGGAAAAGAGACGGAUGUGCUUCGUGCUCGCGCAACUCAAGCUUCGUAUGCCUCAACAAUCAAGACUGUGCCAUCAGAGUCAACAACUGCAAAAACCGAGGUGGGAAUGUGGACUGCAGCAUCGGGAUACAGCUGGCGUUUUCUGGCACGGAUAAGCACGAAUCGGUUUUCAAUUCCUGGUACGAGGUUCAGAAUCUUCGACAGUACUCACUCUUCAACCUGUACUCCAAUCUCAGAGAUUCUCUCACUAGUCAAUACAACAGUUUCUUCUAAUUGUGCUUCACUUGUCUGUAGAUUUUCUUUUCUUCUUUGCUGUAAUUCUGUCUUGUUUAAGUGUGUCAACCAAACUCCAUUAAUCUCUCUGUAUUUUUUUUUCCGUGUGUAAAUUUUUAUUUAAAUUUCUUCACCACUGGAGUUGGCGAUUUUUCGUCGGGUGCCGUUUCUUUAUCUUGAUUUCGGUAAUUAUUGAUUUCGAUGUUCAAUGAGAAAUAUCAUAUGAUGACUGUAAUAUCUUGUGACUCUCUCUCUUAUCUGAACUUUCACUUGCAGCUUCUCAU